CUCAGGCGGGUUUGCGUUCACGUUCACAGCGCUGCUAGGAAACUCAGCUCUGGGUGUUGUCAUCACCGUUAAUAACUCCGAAACGCGGCUUUCUUCCACCUGCCAGGCGAGGUGAAGACAAAGAAAAUAGAGCCCAGUCUCUCCUGCCAGUCUCCGGACUGGAGCGGCCCUACCAGGGCGAUUGUUUCUUCAACGAGGAUCUCUCUCGGUGUAAGGCUAGCUUUCUUCGGUCGGAAUCUGGAGCCACGUCCCCUUGGCGAGAUUUAAAUGGAACUGUACGGCAAGAUGGCAUCUGCACAAGACGCCAGGUUCGGCCAGAAAGAUACAUCAGACCAGAACUUUGAUUACAUGUUCAAACUACUCAUCAUUGGCAACAGCAGUGUUGGGAAAACCUCAUUUUUGUUCCGUUAUGCCGAUGAUUCAUUUACAUCAGCUUUUGUCAGCACCGUUGGGAUCGAUUUCAAAGUCAAAACAGUUUUCAAGAAUGAAAAAAGAAUUAAGCUUCAGAUUUGGGACACAGCCGGUCAAGAGAGAUAUAGGACAAUUACUACAGCCUACUAUCGGGGUGCAAUGGGCUUCAUUUUAAUGUAUGACAUCACCAAUGAAGAAUCCUUCAAUGCUGUGCAAGACUGGUCAACCCAAAUAAAAACUUACUCUUGGGAUAAUGCCCAGGUUAUUUUGGUCGGUAACAAAUGCGACAUGGAAGAAGAAAGGGUAAUCUCCACUGACAGAGGGAAACAUUUAGCAGAACAACUUGGUUUUGAAUUCUUUGAAACAAGUGCCAAGGAUAACAUCAAUGUCAAGCAGACAUUUGAACGGCUUGUGGAUAUCAUCUGUGACAAAAUGUCAGAAAGUCUGGAGGCAGAUCCUGCCAUUGCUGCUGGGAAACAGAACACAAGACUAAAGGACACCCCUCCUCCACAGCAACCCAACUGUGGCUGUUAAUAGAGUCAUUGUUGACAGAGGCGGCUCCAGUGUGUUCUUUUGCCAAUAGAGUAUUUACAUAGGA